UUAACAACUUUUUUAUUCCAUGCCACCUUCCAAACUUUUACCAUGGACCUACUUUUUUCCCGUUAUCUUUUCUGCAUUAAAAUUUACAGCCAUGUUUCUGGAAGGUUGAUUGACAAUCAACUUUAUGGUCAGGCUAGUUUAGGCUAUUCAGAUGUUACUGCACUAACCAAUACGGUAUUGAAUAUUCAUAGGCCUGAUCAACAUAAAUUCUUCUUGAAUAGUUUUCUACAUCAUGGUGGUCACAUUCUUUUGAAAAUGGUUUUCACUUUGCUUUUAACUCACUUGUUCCAAUUUCUGAGUAUUCCUCAGUCUAAGGAAUAGGUAAACCAUGUCUUCUAUCUACAAAUCUCAAAGUGACUCCAUCUGCCAACAAAAUGGAGGAGCCAGCUGACGAGCCCAGUGACAUGGCCAGUAGGCCUGACAGGCAAGAGUCAGAUGGGCUCAAUAAUUUCGAAAUCGACGACGAAAUGGAAACGAUGUUGACGAACCUGGAAGAUCUCAUGUUCGAGUUUGAGGAUGGUUGCGUUCUGGACGAGGAUGACGACGAUGAAGAUUCCCAGGAUGAAUUCAUUGAGGAUGACGACAGACGCACCCAGUCAGACAAGGAAGCUGACUUUGGCGGAGAUGAAAACUACGAAGAGAGAGAUGAACAACAGGUUGGUGAAUACAAGGCAGACGAAGAAGAUGUAGAGGUAGAUGAAAACCAAGGAGAAGAAGAACAACAACAAGUUUGGGAAGAAGAACCAGACGGAUAUGAAAACGGAGAAGGAGAAGUAGAACAAGAGCUGGAGAACGAAGGAGAAGAUGAACAAGAGGUAGAUGGCAACGCAGAAGAAGAUGGAGAGCAACACGAUCACGGAGAUACAAACACAAUCCAAUUAGAAGAUAGUGAUCCAAACUUUGAAUGCAAAAAUUAUGAAGAAAACGGGAAUGGGGGAUUGAGUGAGGAUGAAAAUGUUCUUGUCAUACAUUCUGAGGGAGAAUUCGAGAAUGAAGAAGUUGAUGAAUCUGUAGAAAAGCGAAUGGAUGAAUGUGGUCAGAAGAAGGUACAAGCACUUGAUCAGGGUUCGAAAAGUCAGUUGUUGAGUAUUUGUAACAGUGAUGAACCCUCUUCUACUACAGUUGACAAAGAACACUCGACUUCUAACUUAGAACUAAGUUCACCCAACCAAAAGACUGAUCAAAUUAGUCCUAGAUCCACUAGUUUUCCAAUCAAUACUACUAACCAUGGAGAGUUUUCUUUAGAUUUUGCGUUCCCAAAGCUAAUAUUACAGAAAUGUGAUAGGUAUGAGGAAAAAGCAACAGACGAUAAAGAACGUGUCGUUUCAAGUGAAGUGAAAGCAAGGCCUGUGCCUGUUGUCCAGGACUUCUCCCAAACAGAUUUUGCAGUGCAAACUAAUUUUGAGUUACCCAUGCUAACCAUGAAGGAACUAGAUGUCAGUUUAGAUCAUGUUUCAGAAACACAUUUCGAGAAUGGAGAGUGCACAUCUUCUGACGAUGAUGAAGCUGUUGAUGCUUUGAAGCAAGACAAGAUGUUCAACCACAAAAUCGACAAAAUGAUGAAUAAUGCUGACGGUGAUUCAACCUUCAAUCCUACUAUUGAUAACGAAGUGUAUGAUUCCAAGAAAAAAGAACAAAUUAUCAAACUUUUGUACAAACAAAUUAAAAACGUGGGUGAGAAUAAAAUUAUUGAAGAAAUGUUAUCAAAGAAGUUAAUUGACAAUGAAAGUAAGGAAAAGUUGGUGGAAAUAAUAAGGUAUUGUGUGGAGAAGAGGAAGGAAAAGAUACGUAUGAAGAAAAUGAAGAAAAAAGCUCAUCUUCUAAAAGUUACAAGGAAUAAUGACUACCUGGAUUGUUUGAAACCAAAAACAGAAGUUGAACUAGUGCAAGCAAAAGUUUCGCAAUCUCCAGAAUCCAACUCAGUAGUUGUUUGUGACUCGAAAGCCACCACCAGAAGAGUGGUUGUUGACUGUAACACAGUAAAUUUGGAGUCUGAGACAAUCGACAAUGAUCUUAGAAGUUUGAUCAAGAAAAAACGGAAUGUAGUUGAACGAGGUGAUGGAUCUUCGUCAAAAAGAAAGUGCCACAAAAAGAAUUGCAGAAAGUCGCAUUGUAAAAAGAAGGUUUGUCAAGCAAAGAACCGUAAAAAGCUCCAGAGGAAAGAGGAGAAGAGGUUAAGGAGAGAGCAGCGUAGGAGGAAAAUUCGUAUGCUACAGAUGGAGAAGUGCCGAUUGCUGGAAGCACUACAGAAGAGUGAAGCUGGGGUUGAUUCUAAUUUUGAAUCGGAUAUUGAGAGGAAGAAAAAGAUUGAACUGGAAAAUAGAAUCAAAGAAAAGAUAGCUCUGGUGUUGGGUAAUAGAGAUAUGAAGCAGCAUGCUACAGCAACAACGGUUAGCAGAGGUCAACAUGAUGUGAAAAAUGAGGUGAAUCCAGAUAAUAAACAGCAUGAGGCUUCGUCAAUGAUGAGCAGAGUAUAUGAAGCAGUUGUGAAAAACGAGGCGAAACAAGAUAAUAAACAGCAUGUGAGUUUGUCAAUGAGGAGCAGACGAUAUGAAGCAGUCGAGAAAAAUGAGGUGAAACAAGAUAAUGAGAGUUCAUCAAUGAGGAGCAGAGAGGGUAGUCUCAGCAGUGAAGGGAGCAGAAAAAGUAGCUCACACUCUAGUCACAGUCAUCCGAACAAAACCCUAGUGAAAGGCCCAGCAGCUGAUUCAUUUUCCGAAAUGUAUGCUGAAACAUUUGGCAAGAAAACUGCUACUAAAGAAGCGCCAAACAUUGAAGCUCAAAAUGUGAAAAAAGAGGUGAUAAGAGACGACGAUGGUGAACUGUUCCCAACAUUCACCAGCAUAAUGUCUCAAGACAUGAAACUAGAUUCGGACAUUCCGUCACCGCCGCCUCCACCAAUCAUCAGCCGAAUAGCAGAACUGGAAGAGAAAAGACUGAAGCAUGCCAAAAAGGGUCAAUCAGCGGAAAAAGUUGUGCCACCUCAACCUGUAUCUGAAGUUGCACCUUUCAAGAAAAAGAGUCGGUCUCCCGACAAGAAAGUGAGAUCCAGGUCAAGGUCACCGAGGAACCAAUGGAAGGCUAAAUCACCAUCAACCAGCAAACCCGAAGCAAUUGUGGCGCCGCGCAGACGAAGCCCCAGUCCGGGCAGUGACCGCUACAACCGCAACCGGCCGAGACCCGCGGAUCCGCCGCUAACGGCCGCCGCUUCCGCUGGUAGACCGUUCAGUCCCGCCUGGAAGAGACACAGCCGCAGUCGCAGCCGCAGCCGCGAUCGCUUGUACUCGCCGACACGCUCUCCUUCCAGCUCCCCCUCUCCGCCUCCCGCUGCCGCCGCCCGCGACCGCGAGUUCAGACGCAAGAAGAAGGAGGACUUCGAAGAGGCCAUACGCAAGUGGCAGGAGGUCCAGAACAAGCCCGAUCACGUGGCUUUUCAUGAAAACGUUUUUCCUGACACUCCGAUGUCUGGCAAUGAACCACCGGCAUUUCAACCUUACAAUAGCAUGGCCAACCAAUUCGUCCAGAAUGAUUCUUUCCUCCAGGUGGUGGAUCAAAGAAGUUUGGUUUCGCUAGAUGCCAUCCUAUCAUGCCCAGUGGGUGUACUGGCUGUUCCUUCUCACAAUAAGAUUCUACACCCUCCAGCACAGCUUCAGAUGCCUCCUCCAACACACAUGAUGCCAUCUCCGUAUCAUAUGAAUGUGCCUGACACUUCCAUGCUCCAGUAUGGUGAAGAUGCUCACAUGACUGGUCACCCGACCGACCAUGCCAUGCCCUACCAAGGUCACGAGGUCAUACCUGUGCAGCCUACUCAAAAUACCUCAGGUCAUCAGCAGGUGGCUACCAAUUUUACGGUGGACAAUGGGACAAUCAACCAAUCUUCUGGAGGAAUGGUUACUACUAUCAAUGAAAACGACUCGUUGUUGUCUCAAGCCGCGCACUGCCAUCAAUAUGCGGACACGCAGCAAUUCAGCAACCCACCAGAAAGUCAUGCCUACUUCAACUCGCUUGGUGUAGGUGAUGCCAACGACGGUAACGCGCCUUCAUUGCGGGGAUUCGCCAGCUUCCCGCCACCGAGCCACCCGCCCUACAAGGUCGUGCACCAUCCCCAGUUCCCCUACCCCAUACCGGUGCCCUAUAUAGAGCCCCCCCGUCCAGUGCCCCCGGUCGGGAUUGUUCCGUUCCUCCAGCCGCCGCCCAGUUUGAAAUUCAUGUCCGUUCCUCCUCCGCUCCCUCUCAGCGAGCCUCCCCCUCUCUUCCACCCUCCCCUCCCGCUCUCCCCCGCCCCCUCUACGUUGUGCGGAUCGCCGCCCCGGCCCCUCUCCCCUUCGAUCAGCGAGUGCGGGUCGGUCCGAUCGACCACUUCGAGUAGAAGGAAAGUGAGAGUCGAGCUGAAGAACAUGUUCGAUUUACUGAAGCAGCGGUUGGACCCGGCUGAUCUGCCGGCCGUGCUCGAGUCCCGACGAAGCAGCCAGUCUCUCAGUGUCGGCGACAUCAAGGAUCUCAUCUCUACGGUGAGGAAGACUCUUUCUCACAGAAAAACUGAUUCUAAAACACCUGAUAAUACUUCACAGGAUCAAUCUUCAGUCAGCAAACCGGAUCAGUCUUCAUUUAAAACCCCAGAUCAAGCUUUAUUUAGAAAAUUUCUUCAAUCUUCAUGUAAAGAAACAGAUCAACCAGAACCCCCUAAACCUCCACAGCAAAAGGUCAGAAUCCAAUUCAAAAAACCGUUUGUGAAAAAUGUAGUGACUCAAAAAGUCGCACCAGAAUUCAUAAAAGCAAUGCAGGAGGACGACAAAGAAGAUGAAGAGGGCGAAAUCGUUGAAUCAGAUUCUAGGAAAUCAGAGAGUGCCCACAAUGAGAUUUCUGAUUCGAAUAACAAAUCUGAUGAUCGUGAUGUCAUUGAACUGGAUGAAAACGGUUGCGAAAUAGAAACUGAAGCAACCAAGCAGAAAGUUUUGGACAGAGAAGCUCGAAUGCAGAAGCAAAUGAAAAUGCUGGAGAUUUUUCAUGGAUUGAGUACAAAAAUUUCCAAAAAAGACAACAAUAUUCCGUUUUUGCCUGAUGCAAAGGUUGACUGUGAUAAUGAUAAGUUGCAUGAGAAAAUUGGCGAAAUAAUAAUGUCUGAGAAGGAAAUUGAUCAAAGGAAAGUGUCUCAAAAGGUGAGUAGUGAAAGGCCCGACAAGGAUAUUGAUGUAAAGAAUGAGUCACAAAAAAUGAGUAGUGAAAGAAUUUCUGAAAAUGAAAAUGAUAGAAAGAAAGUGUCUCAAAAAGUGAGUGGUGAAAGAAGAAUGUCUGAAAAGGAAACUGAUAGGAGGAAAGAGUCUCAAAAGGUGAGUAGUGAAAAGCGAAUGCCUGAAAAGCAAUUUGAUGUAAGGAAAGAAUCGCAAAAGAUUAGUAGUGAAAGAAGAAUUUCUGAAGAGGACAUUGAUAGAAGGAAAGUGUCUCAAAAGGUGAGUGGUGAAAGAAGAAUGUCUGAAAAGGAAAUUGAUAGAAGAAAAGAGUCUCAAAAGGUGAGUGGUGGAAGGAGAAUGUCUGAAAAGGAAAUUUAUGGAAGGAAAGAGUCUCAAAAGGUGGGUAGCGGAAGGAGAAUUUCUGAAAAGGAAAUUGAUAGAAGGAAACAGUCUCAAAGGGAGGAUAGUGAAAGAAAAAUGUCUGAAAAGGAAAUCGAUGGAAGAAAAGUAUCUCAAAAGGUGAGUAGUGAAAGGAGAAUGUCUGAGAAUGAAAUUGAUUGGAGAGAAGUGUAUCAAAAGGUCAAGAGAGAAAGAAUGUAUGAGAAAGAAAUUGAAGGAGGGAAAGUAUCAAAGGAAUCUGAUGAAAGAGAAAUGUCUGGAAAGAAAACUGUUGAAGGGUCUGAAAAUGAAACAGAUGUAAGAAAAAUAUAUCCAAAGGAUACUGUUGAUGAAUUAAAGGUUCUUAACUCUUCUUCUUCCAGCUCAAAAGAUGAAUAUAAGACAGCAGUUGGAAAUAUUUCUACUGAUUCAAAGUCAAAUUCUCCAUUUGAGAGCCUGGAAAAUUUCCACAAAGAGCAUGAGCUGACGAAAGAAACAAGCCCGAUCCAUAAAAUAUCUCCUGAAUAUAAAGGUGCACCUCUUUCUCCCGUUGCUGCUGAACUUGAAAGAAGAGGCUUAGUAGACCCGUUACCGGCACCAGCCUUUUUUGCCGAUUGUGGAAAAAUGCUGAUGGAUAUUCCCCUUAGCAAAGCAAAAGAACCUGCUGAAAUCUCAGCUCCUACCAGUAACGAGCUUUCAGCUGACCAAAAUUGUAAAGACAAGCUAAAAUGUCAGGGUCAGGUUGUGUUUUGUAAAAAUUAUAAGGAGUGUACAAAAUCAGGUAAAGAUACAUCAAUCUCACUUAAAAGGAGGAGUCGCUUUUCGGAUACUCCUAUUGAUCAUGUGGACUCCUCUAAUGAUUUUCUUCAUAGAUCAGGGACUGAGUCAAAAUUGCCAGACAAAUCGGUGGUGGAAACAGUUAAACGCGCAUCGAUUCGAAUAUCUUCAACAGAGAGUAGGAUUGAUAGUGAAAGUUUUAUAUUGGAAACGUCAAUAAACCCGGAGAAGUCACCAACUUUAGAUAUUAGUAAACCAGGUACAGAUGAUCAAAUCAAAACAAUGAAUGAUCGGCAAGUUGACAGUGACAAGAAUGAAUCAAAUAAAGUGAGUAGAGAGGAUGUUCUAAAACAAUUGAAACUAGAAUUGGCCCAUGCUAAGGCAGUUUGCAGAGCAUCUGUUGAAAAUUCUUUGGUUAAAGAUAAACAAGAAUUAACUAAAGAAAAUACAUCUCUGGCUAUACAUAACGAUUCAAUUCAAGAUAAGUCUAGAGAUUCUAACCCAACUUCAAAAUGUGUUGAUGUACAGAAUAGUAUUUCAUUGGAUACAAAGUAUGAGGGAAAUCUGUCAAAGUCUAAUAAUUCAGAACUGGGAUCAAGCUCCAAGAAUUCUUUGACGAACUUCACAGAGAAUUCUAAAACUGCUCUACCUAUAAACAAGGAACAACUUACACAAGAACUUAUGAGUGAAUCAAGUACAUCUAAUAUUUAUCCUGCUUUGAAUCCUAGAGCCAAGGUUUCAGUGAUGGAUCCAAGACUGAACAGGGGAAAUAUUGUUCACAUCAUAAAUAGCAUUGAAGCUCCAACGAAUCUUGUGUUGGAUAGAAAUGUGGAUGUUCCUAAAAUUUCAAGAUUUGAUCCCAGAUUGAAUAGAACUCGGAAUGAUGAAGUUGGUAGAAUUGUUGAAAUGUCGCCAACCCAACCGAUAGAUCCAGGACUGAACAGAAAUCAUCAUAACGUUGAAUUAUUGCAAACACCAUCAUCAGAUUUCAAAAUGAAUUGUGAGAAAAAAGUUGUAGUUGACAGCAACUUUGCAAAAACACAAAUUCAGCAACCGGAACAAUUAGUGCCAGCUAAAUCCCACACUGAAAUACCGCUUAAAAUAGCAAAUUUCAAGCCUAAUCUGAAAUCACUCACUCUGAGAGUUAUGAAUGAAUUUGAUCCAGUAAUACUUCGAGCAUUCGGAAAUGCAGAAGAAAAUGUGUCGGAUACUGAGGAGAUUGAAGGUGGCUGCUCUUCCUCAUCACCUGCAGUGGAAACGUCCACCUCUGCUAUCGAGUCUCAACCUCCUGAAAAAUCAGGCUCAUCAAAUUUUAAUAGUUGCUCUGACAUAGACUCUUACAUCUCUGAAGUGGAACUGCCUGUUGAAAGUACAGAGGUUGAAAAUCGAAAUUUAAAAUUGUCAACCACAGCGUCCAGUAAUCAAACAGGAGUUUCUCAGAAAACUGAACAAGGCCAUCGAAAACCAGAGUCACAAUCGCUUAGAGACCAAUCAGAAAAGACUCAAAGUGAUGCUGAACUCAACAACAAAAAUAAUCCUCAAGAUAAGAUGAAUGAAGUCCGAGAUCCUGGUAAGAAAGAUGAUAAAUCAAGAUCUUCUGCUCAAGACCACAAGAAGAUGAAUUGUCAAGACUCGAAUCAGACCAGAGAAACUGAUAAGAAACAAGUGGAGGAUCGUCGUAGCUCUUUAGAAGCAACCCCCAACAAGGAUCGACGCAGCUCUUCUGAAACAGUCUCCAACAAAGAUCACAGAAGCUCACUGCAAUCAACCUCCAAUAGAGAAAAACCAAACACAUCUUCAGCUAAAAAGGAUUCUUCAGUGAAUAAAGUUUCGAAGCCGGAUUUGUCAACUGAUAGAAAGAGCCAGCAUUCAUCUACUAGUGGAAGUGGACACAGUGCAAAAACUAAAUCUACUAGUUCUGUUAGCAAAUAUGAGUCUAAAACCGUUCCUUUGAUUUCAAAUAAAGACAAAAUGGUUUCUAGUGUUCAAAAUGAAGCAGCUUCAAAAUCAUGUAGUGAUAAAUCAGCAAGUCAAGACAAAACAUCUAGAGUACGAAGUGAAGCAGCUUCGAAACCUCAACUGGCAUCCACUUCAAAGUUGCACAAAGAUGAAAAAAGGAACAAGGUAGAGAUUGUGGAUGAGGAACAUUUAAAAAUGUUGAAAAAGAGACGCACUUCCUAUGAAUCAGUACCUUCCAAAAGUAGUGCUCGAAAGAUUAAUAAUACUCAAUCAUCAGAUGAUGAGGCAAAUAAACAACGCCGUGCUUCUCUAGAAGCAGUAGCUGAAAGAGUGAGACAGAAACUUACUAUGAAUACCAGUGAUAGUGGAAAAGGUAAGCUAGAGAAAAAGACUUCUAGCUUGGAAAAAUCAUCGAAAUCGUCGAGUACAAAAUCAGAGUCAAAAAGAUCAGAUACAGUGAAUAAUGCUGGCAAAGUUAGUGGAGAAAAACUUGAUGAAAUUAGAAAGUCAAAGUAUUACGAGAAAUCUUCAACUGAACUUUCGAAGAAGUUUGUUGUGGCCAGUCUCUCAAACAAAGAAUCGACAAACAUGGAGCCUCCUAAAGAUAAAGAAAGAAGAAGUUCAGUGAUUGAAAUCUCCAGCUCGGAUGACGAAUGUGUGAAAAAAGCUUCUCCGGUAUCUAAAAAAAGUAGUCACUCAAGUAAAGAGUCUAGCAAAAAAAUCAAGUACAAACGAUCUGAUUCAUGUGUGUCAUCUUCCAAUGUUAACUCGGCAAAAAGCAGCAAGGAUCAUCCAGUUCAAAAGAAGAUAUCUUUCACCAAGGGAGUUGAAGAGAAACCAAUAUCUGAAGUCGAACUGAAGCGUUUACUGGAGAGUGAUUCUUCAGAUGAAGAUAUCGAUUUCAAUCAAGCGAAAAGUAAACCCAAAGAUAAUGCUAAUAGAGUGCUGGAAAAUAUCUCAACAAAGAAACCUGUGGUCGGUGAAAGCAAUAAAGAAAUAGCAAAUAGCAGAAAUGAGAGUGAAAGUGAUGAAUCUAUGAGAAGAAUUUCUGCUAAUAAAAGUAAGGAAACUCUUACUACCACGAAGGCGGAACAAAGUAGAAUGUUUCAAGACAAGACAACGGACAAUUAUGUAACUGUUCAAUCUCUUGUAAAUGUCACCAAUGAAAAAGCGGCAGGAAAUGAUGAGUCUCGAGGAAAAGCUAAGAAAGUAUGUGAGAAAAAUGCAUCAAAUACUGUAGAGGCAGUACAAAAUGUAGACGGUAAUGUUCCACCCAAAAAAAUUGAUCAAGUUGAGAAACCUAUUAAAAUGUUGGGUAAACAAGCUGUGUCAACUGAAAAACCUGCCUCAAAAUCAGCAGAUGUGAAAAAAAUGAAUAUCAAUAUUAUAGAACCUGUAGAAACAUCUAAUGUAGAAUGUCAUGUUCCACCUAAAAAAAUUGAUCAAAUUGAGAAACCUAUUAAAAUGAUGGUUAAACAAGCUGUGUCAACUGAAAAACCUGCUACAAAAUCAGCAGAUGUUGUGAAAAAAAUGAAUAUCAAUACUAUAGAACCUGUAGAAACAUCUAAUGUAGAAUGUCAUGUUCCACCUGAAAAAAUUGAUCAAGUUAAGAAACCUAUUAAAAUUUUUGGUAACGAAGCUGCAACAACAAAAUCUGUUACAACUGAUGCUGUGAAAAAAUUGAAAACAUCCAAAGAAAAUGAAAACGUCAACGUUGAAGACAAAAAAUCUUGCACAUCGGAUGUGAAACAUAUUGAAAAGUUGAGCCACAUUCCUGAAUCGAUUGAUAAACUUGAGGAAAAAGAGAAUUUAAUUGAUGAAACGUUGGGUCUAGGUAUUGAUGAAUCUUGUCAAAGUAACACAAAAAUGAAAGAGCUUACAUUGAGUAAUGAGGACUUCAAUUUCGAAAAUGACUCUCCAAAAGAAGUCAAGGGUAGAAAAACUAAUAAACUUGACAAGACAGGUAAAUUGAGGAAUAAGUUUUUGAAAGUUGGCAACGACCUGUUCCCAGAUCAGGAAUCCAACGAAAGUAGUGACUCGUUCAAAAAUCUAAUAACGAAUAUUUGUGGAACAUUGGAAGAGAAGAAUGAGAAGAGUCGAGCUGCCAUCGAAUCGGGAGUGAAGAAUUGUGAGGAUGCUGCGCUUGUUGUUGCUGAAAGUCUGAAGAUAUUGAGCACAUAUGUGCAGGUUGCUGAAUGUGUGAGAAGGGAGCGCAGACGAAUGUGUGUGCUCAACUGCGAAGUUACUGAUGACGAUCAACUAAUCCACGACAUCUCUGACAUCAAGAAGUCAAAGGGAUACAAAAGUAAACCGAUGAACAAAAGUGUACGAGGCAAUCGAGAUGGCUUUGACAGUAAUUGUGUGGUGAGCGGUGGUGACUCAUACGAUGUGUUCGAGUUCAGUGAGGAUCUGCCGGUAACAGCCAAUGAUAGGCGCUCGUUGCUUCCAUCUUUAACUGAAAUCGCCCAGCCACCACAUUCCGUUGCAUUGAAAACUAAAAAAGACAAGUUAGAUGCUACUACUCAAUCAAUUUUCACCUUAGAUACAUCAACACCCACUUUGGAAAGUGAUCUGGAAAUUGAUAGUUCCAGAAUGGAGAAUACGAUCGCGAUUUGUGACACAACGAUUUCAACCCAAGUGACAGAGAGCAGUGAGAUGGGAAAAGAUGACCAUGAAAUUGAAGGUGCUAGUGAUGAAAUCAACGAAUUUGUAGCUCCAGAUAACUUCGAUGAAACUCUACUACAGAAUGUUGAUGUAACUGAAAAUGAUGAGCCAAAGGUCAUUUCUAAGAAAAGAAAAAAUACAUUUUCAGUUCAAAAAGGCGAAAAGAAAAGAAUAUUAACAGAAGUGGUUGAUCCUGCAUAUGGAAUUACAAAACAAAAUAUAGAAGAAAUCGGAAUAUCCAGUGAUAAGAUUGUUAGUACAAGAUGUUUUGAUGUAAGAGAAGCACAAAAUGAUGAUGAAGUAGGAAGCUCAGUUGGGAAUGUUAGCAAUAAACGGUUGUCUGUACAUGAAGAACAUGAAGUUGAAAUAAUUGAAAGCCCCGCUGGUCUGGUACUAGGCGUAAGACGUGCCAAUGAAAAUCCAGAACAAUAUAACAACAAAAUUGAUACAUCCAGUGAUAAGACUAUUAGCACAUCAUGUGGAAGGUUUGAAGUAAAUCCCAGAAGGCCUCAUAAAACGAAAAAAGGCUUCAGAUCAAAAGUUUAUAGAAAGUUACAGGCUCGUUACAAAGCUAAGUUGAAUGCUUUCAAGGUAUCAUCAACAGACAAAUCAACCAAGAAGAGAAAAUCCAGUCCAUCCCUCGAUCGUGAUUCUAAAAAAUUAUGUAAAACUAAUAUUUUUACAGAUAAUCAAGAAUUAAAUAAUGAAGUCUCCAUUCCAACUGGAGAAAAUGUAGUUCAUCCUAAUGACUCUCCUGUGAUCGAAGAAGCAUCAGUUGAUAAUGCUACUUUGAAAACAAAAAAGAAACGUGUCAAGAAGCAUGGCAGUCUCAUUGAAGAUGUUUGUGAUGUUCCAAGGAAAAAAUUGAAACUCAAGUCUCGUGUAGACAAACUGAAGGCUGAAAGUUGUAAUACUAUUGACGAAGAUAUUAGCGAAUCCGAAGUGAAAAGUAUUAGAAAGACAGAAACAGAAAAAACAUCGAAAAAGACUGCGGAUUCAAAACGAAGCAAAGACGAAACUUCAAGUGUUGUUAUUGAUGAUGAUUCUCAAGAAGCUGAAGGUGCUUUCACAAGAGCUACGAGAGCUAGAACCUCACUAGUUUCGCCGCUGGUUCAUGAUGUAACUUCAAAUGUACUCGAAGAAGAUUCCCAAGAAACUGUGGAUUCCAGAGUUACUCGUACUAGAAAAUCUAUAGGCACGUCUUUACAUUUACAUGAAGUUGGAAGUUCAAGUGUAGUUGAAGAUGAAGGAGAAACUGACAGUAUAAGUAGUGCUAGAGUUACACGAUCUUCUAAAAGAUCAGAUGUAAUAUCUUUGCGAUCAGAUGAUGUUGAAAUGUCGAGUGUAGGACUACUAGAAGAAGAUUCACAAGAAAUUGAAGAGUCAAGUAGCAGAGUAACUCGUGCAAGAAAGUCAAUGGGGACACCUUCGCGUCUAGAAGAAGUUGAAGAAAACAGUACUAAUGACGACGCCAAGGAAAACUUGCUUGAAGAUGCAUCCAACGAGUAUGAAGACAAAGAAGGAGAAGGCAAGAAGGAACUUCGAAAAAAUGUGAAAACAAUCAAAUUACAAGGAGAGGAUGCCAUCUCAAAACUAACACCAAAUGAAGAUGAACAGCUGUGGACCAGGAUAUGCCAGGGAUUGACAUAUAAAAGAUCAAGGGCAGUUGGAACCAAUGUGACUAGUGUUAGGGGAAGGCUUAUCGGUUUUGAAAGCUUUGAAUCCAUUGGUAAACCGUCUGAGGAAUUGGAUCUUGAUAAAACUAUUGAAAGUUUGGUUAGGUUGAAAAAACAGCGUGAUUCUCAAAAACUGUAAUUAUUUGUCAUGGCAGAUCUCAUUGAAUUGUUUAUUGUCCAUCUUUAUUGUAGAAGUAUUGUAAUUCUUUAAUUUAGUAAGACCUUUUCUGAAAAUUGCACUUUUUGUAUGUUCCAAAACUUUUGUUUAAUGUUACUAUUUCCCUGUGCUAAGGUGUGUAUGGGUGCUGCUCCAGUUAUGAUUCAUUUCUAGUUUGAUUUUUAUAUGUAAAACUUGAGACUUUUAAAGGUUUGAACUGUUUUUGUUUGAGUUAUGUUUAAGAUUUAAUUCUGAACUUGUUUAUGCAAUUAACUUGAUUAUGAAUUUCUAUUUUCUUAUUUAGAUGAUUAUAAGACUUAAGAUUUAAGACUUAAGAUUUAAGACUUUGAUAGUUUAUUUGUAUGUCAUGAACUUUUAUAAUAAUUGUAAUUUAUAAUUAUUUACAAUUGUUCCUAGUUAUAGGUUAUUACAGUAGAUAUAAUUUUUAUCAAAAAUAAUUUUUAUAUUAGUUCAUAACAUGAAUAACCAACUAAUUUAUCAGCAGCUAUUCUUACUUUGUGCAAAGUUUAUGUAAUUUUUGACAUUUUUCCAGCAGUUAUUCAUCGAUUAGUUAUUAAAGUAUUGUAGAAUGAAUUAAUGGUGCUUAAUUUUUAAAAAAUGCUCAGAGUUUAAUGAUUGAAUUUUAAACAGUACACAGUCAUAUCUUGGGUGAAAUAAUCUAAUUUGUGCCAUAAUUACUCAUCCAUAUUCCACGCAGCCUAUUCUCAGUAGAUAACGCUUGUAGAAUGAAUAUUAAUGUUGUAAAACUUUUCCAUAAUUGAAGAGACUUGAUAAUGAGCAUGCUUUCAGGAGCAUGCAGGAGCAUGCUUUCGUAUGUGCUCACACAUCAUCAGCUGUGUGAGUUGAAGAGACUUAAGAUAUACUUACAGUUGAUGAUGUAAGAGCACACACGAAAGCAUGCUCCUGUAACAUAGUCAUUUUUAUUGAAAUAAGGUGGAUUAUUGACAAUAUUUCAAGUAUCUUCAACUUAGUUAAGUAUCUUAACUUAGUAGAUAAGAUCAACAAUAAAAUGCCUCCUUACUUUAAACAAUGUACUGGAAAAAUAUUGAUAUAACACCAAUCACUACUUACUGUAAACUGUUAAUAGACUACUUUAUUAUUUGAAAGCUUCGUUUCAGAAGUAGGUUGUUAUAAUAAUCAUGUAUACUAUCAUUUAGUAUUACCAUUACUUAUAGAAUUUAAUGAGUAGUUAGUAUUUUUGGGUAUUGAAUUGUGUUCAAAUGAUGUAAAUAAGGCUAGUGACCAAAAGUAUAGUAGAAUUCUGAUAAGUUUGUUUAGAGAAGUUGAGUUAUUUACUUAUUAGAGAAGAGAAAUGCUGAUAAUUCAAAUUAAAGUCUUACAUCAUUAGACUAUUUAAAAAAUCUUUAAUAGUUAUAAAAAUCUCAUAUGCAGCAGCCUUGAAUAAUUUUUUUGAAAUUGUGAAUUUUCCAUUUUAAUCUAGGAAUUUUUAUACUUUUGUAUUGUAAGUAUACUGCAUGCAAUCUAUUAAAUGUUGAUUGACAAAAUACAUUAGAUGUUUUGUUCAACAAA